AUGGUCGUUAUUCUUUAGAAUAAUAGCUGUAUCGAGAUUCAUAUUGAUAGAGAAGAACCAUGGUAUAUUGGAGUUGAUGAUAAAGUGCCUGAUGAUCAAACUAAUCUAUUUAUGGUGAUGGUUCAUGAAAUUGGGCAUUCUCUCGGAUUAUCUCACAGCAGUAAUAAAAAUGCCAUUAUGUUUCCCUGGUACCAAGAAGAAAAUAGACAGCUUCAUGAAGAUGAUAUAAUGGGAAUUGAAUCCUUAUAUGGAAGACGUGAAAAAUAUGCUAAAAUUCCUGAAUAUGUUCUAAAUAAAAUGUCUACAGCUACAACAACAGCAAAAACAACAGCAAAAACAACAACAACAACAGCAUCAACUAAAAAAUCAAGUACAACUAAAAAACCUCUGAAAUCUAUUCAUACCACUACGAUGAUAAUACCUAGUAUUAAAAAAUCAAUUCAAGAAUUCUCUACAAAUUUAUGUAAUAUUCAAAUACCUAAUGUCAUGUUUAUUGCAACUGCACCUACAUUUCCUAACUAUCGAUUGUAUAUAGCUUAUAACACCUUCUUGUGGAAAUUAGAUUUAAAUGAUAUGCAUAUUCCACUCACACCAGAACUUAUUACAGAUUACCUUCCUAAUGAGCUUAAAUCAUACAAUAUUUCACAUAUCUUUCAAAACUCUGUUGGAGACUUGAUAACAAUCAAUAAUCGAAUGUUGUAUGCAGUAUCUUUUCCAAAUUUAAACAUACAACAUAGUUUUAAGUUUCCAAUUAAUAUUAAAACUAUAAAUGCUUUAUUUCAAACAAACAGCGGACAGACAUAUCUAUUGUACAACAACAAUUCCUACAUUGAAUUUAAUGAAACUGGGGAUAUACUAAAUCGUGGACCAACAAAGGAUCUAUUUCCUGGAAUUCCUGAAGAUGCAAAAAAACAAGUGGUAGAACGAAGACAACAGAGUAACGCUACUAGCCAGCCUGACCCUGAUAUGGCAUUUUUGCAAAGUGUUUUGCUGAAUAUGAAGGCAAUGGAUAAUAGGCAAAAAAUCCGCUUCAAAAAAGGAAUAUUGAAUCUAGCAGAAGAAAUACUGUAUGCCCAGUCUGUUCAAAAAGAAGGGGCUUCGAUAAAUGCUCAAUCCAAAGGCUCUUCAAUGAAUUUGUUAGCAACGAAUUCCUUAAUGAAUACUUUGCCAAGGGAUUCUUUAAUUAAUAUUUUGUCAAGGAAUUCCUCAAGCUAUUGA